AUAGCCAUGUCUUCCAGCUCAGCGACGGUGCGCAUCCUGAUAAAGGGCGGCAAGGUGGUGAACGACGACUGCACCCAGGAGGCCGACGUCUACAUCGAGAACGGCAUCAUCCAGCAGGUGGGGAAGGAGCUGAUGAUUCCCGGUGGAGCCAAGGUGAUCGACGCCUCGGGAAAGCUGGUCCUCCCCGGGGGCAUCGACACCAGCGUGCACCUGGAGGAGACCUUCAUGAACGCCACCACGGCAGAUGACUACUACAGCGGCACCAAGGCCGCUCUAGCCGGAGGAACAACAAUGGUGAUCGGACACGUUCUGCCAGAGAAGAAUGAGUCUUUGCUGGAAGCCUACGAGAAGUGCCGCAGCUCGGCGGACUCCAAAACGUGCUGCGACUACGCCCUGCACGUGGGAGUUACUUGGUGGGGACCCAAGGUGCGAGCCGAGAUGGAGAAGCUGGUGAGAGAGAACGGAGUGAACUCCUUCCAGAUGUUCAUGGCCUAUAAGGACAUGUUCAUGCUGAGGGACAGCGAGCUCUUCCAGGCUCUGCAGCACUGUAAGGACAUCGGCGCUAUAGCAAGAGUCCAUGCUGAGAACGGGGAACUGGUGGCAGAGGGUGCAAAAGAAGCUCUGGAGCUGGGCAUCAGUGGCCCAGAGGGGAUUGAAAUCAGCAGGCCUGAAGAGUUGGAAGCAGAGGCGACCCACAGGGCAAUUACCAUCGGCAACAGGGCCCACUGCCCGAUCUAUCUUGUCAGUGUGUCCAGUAUGGCUGCAGGAGACGUGGUGGCUACGGCCAAGAUGCAGGGUAAGGUGGUCCACGGUGAAACGACCACAGCCCACGCUGUGCUGAACGGCAUGCAGUACUAUCAUCAGGACUGGGCCCACGCCGCCGCCCACGUUACCGUGCCUCCUCUCCGCCUGGACCCCAGUACUCCCAAUUUCCUGAUGAGCCUGCUGGGAAAUGACACUCUGAAUGUGGUGGGGUCCGACCACCGUCCCUUCACCAUCAAACAGAGAGCCAUGGGCAAGGACGACUUCACAAAGAUCCCUCACGGGCUUCCCGGCAUUCAGGACCGCAUGAGCGUCAUCUGGGAGAAAGGAGUGAUCGGAGGGAAGAUGGAUGAGAAUCGCUUUGUAGCAGUCACAAGCUCGAACGCUGCCAAGAUCUACAACCUCUACCCCAGGAAAGGGAGGAUCAUCCCAGGAGCAGAUGCUGACGUGGUGGUCUGGGACCCCGAGGGAUCCAAGACCAUUUCUGUGGACAACCAGGUCCAGGGAGGAGAUGUGAACCUGUACGAGGGUCUCCGCUGUCACGGCGUACCCCUGGUCACCAUCAGCCGUGGCCGUCUGGUCUAUGAAAAUGGCAUCUUCACGUGUGCUGAGGGCUCUGGAAAGUUCUGCCCCCUGAGAACCUUCCCAGAUUACCUUUACAAGAAGAUGGUUCAGAGGGAAAAGUGCCAGGCUGUGAAAGCGGUUGAACGGGAGCCCUACACAGGUGAAGUUGUUGCCGUGGCCAACUCAGGAAAGCGGGACUUCGGGGCUUCAGAUCUGGACACCCCGACGCGCCCCUGCACCCGGCACGGGGGCGUUAGGGACCUCCACGAGUCCAGCUUCAGCCUGUCUGGAGCCCAGAUCGAUGACAACAUUCCAAAGAGAUCCUCGGCCAGGAUCCUCGCUCCUCCUGGAGGGAGAUCCAGCGGGAUCUGGUAA